AUGCUCGCCAGGUUUCAUGACCUCGAAUACAUUGGUCCGUUCCUUCUCUCACUAGUCGCCCAACCGCUCCUAACCAAGCUCUCCCGGGCACCCUUUGCAGAUGCACUGCUGGGCAAAGCCGACAGUUCAUCGAACGACUCAGACUCAGACUCGGAUGUCACUUUUUCAAAAGACGAAGCACCGUUCGACCCCUCCUCCUUCCGACUGGUCGCAGCCACGGCAACCGCCGACGACCCCGUCAGCCGUAAGCGCCGACGACUCGACACGGCCCAACUCGUCGACGACUGUCCCGUCUUUGACCAACUACCCGACUACGUCUCACUCGUAGCGGGCGCUUCGAUUCGCGCAGCUAGGGCGUUGAGGGAUGACGAGGCGGAUGUGGCUAUUGCUUGGACGGGGGGCAGGUUCGUCGGCGCUGCGAAGAAAUCGACGAGAUUUCGUUCAGCUGACGGCGCUUCCGCUACUACAGACAUCACGGAAAGCGAGGCGUCGCAGCGGGGUUCUGCUACAUCAACGAUAUUGUCCUCGCGAUACAAGAAUUGAGGUCACCACCAAAAGCCCGACCUUCUCCACAUCCCGCUUCCUCAUCCGAGGACGAGCCUACCCCUCCCCCACCUCGACCGAAACCCGCCAAGAUCUCUCGGGUGCUAUACCUCGACCUCGACCUGCACCACGGCGACGGUGUCGAAUCGGCCUUCUUCACCUCACCCUACGUUCUCACUCUAUCGACCCAUCUCCACGCCCCUCUCUUCUUCCCCAGUACAGGUUCCCUGCACUCCCACGGUCCUGCGACGGGUAACGCCUCGUACCACGCUUUGAACCUCGCUCUUGAACCUGGCCUGUCCUCCUCGACACUCUUGCGCUUGUUUGAAAGCUCCAUCGACCCCAUCUUCCAAGCUUUCAGUCCCGAUGCCGUUGUCGUACAAUGUGGGACCGAUGGACUACAAGGUGACCCAUGUGCGGAAUGGAAUCUAUCCGCUUGGGGGAUGGGAGAGGUCGUCAGGAGGGUGGUGCAGAUGUGGGGUACGAAGACUUUGUUGUUGGGUGGGGGCGGGUACGAGAGUGCGAAUGCGGCGAGGUGUUGGGCAUAUCUGACGUCGGUUGCGGUAAGUCGCCAUCCUAUCAUGAUAUAAGUCUUGAGCAGCGAUGUAAUGAUGCUCCUCCUCCUGCGAAUAGCUCGGUCGCCCCCUCCCUCUCGACACCGAGAUCCCUUCCUCGCUCGAGUCAGACGAAUACGAACUCUACCAAGACAGUUUCACCUUGGACGCACAAGAGGGCCAGAGGAAGGAUAUGAAUACGGAGGACAAAGUGAGGCGUGUGGAGGAAGUUUUCAGGGCGUAUAAGGAAAAGUUGGAGGAGAGAUAUAGGGGGAGGAAGGGGAAUGGCUCGCGGGAGGGGAAAGAUGUGGGGGUAGGAUUGGAGGGGCGACGCGAGGAAUGA